ACGGAAACACGCGCAGGUGUGUGAGGGGAUAAACUGAUGAGGAUCCGAACGCAGCGGCUCUCUGAGCGGAACAGAACCGCACGAAGCCACGUCUCACUUUUAAGUCACUUUUGUUUUUAACCCAAAGUUCAGCCUCACAGCUUCUUCGCUGCAUUUCACCCCGCAACGCAAUUUACGCCUUCAUUUGUUUAGUUUUGUGCUUUUUAACACCCCACCACCUCCGCCUCCCCCCCCCCACCCCACCUGAGGGAGCCCGAACGUCCGCGCACGCGCAGAGCGGAUGCCGGGAACGCACGCGGCUCGAUGUGCGACAGCGGCGGCAGCAGCAGCAGCAGCAGCAGCGACACGAGGCGGAAGGACAGACGUCUGAGUGACAGGCAGCUCUCGGAGGGACCGACGUCGUGGCUGCAGGGCGGCGCGCAUGGCACCGGGCACCACCCGCUGAGCGGCGGCGGCGGCGGCGCAGCAGCGCGCAAGUGGCGAGUCGGCGGCUGGGUGGGCGGCCUGCGCGUGAAGCUCCGGGAGGUCGGCAUGGACGGCCGCGGCACGCUGAAGAUGUUCGCCAGGAAGAAACGGGAACUCAUCAAGACGCCCUCCAUCACCAAGAAGAGCCGAGCAGGAAGCCCCGGGCCGCAGAGCAGCGCACCGUCCCUCUCCAUCCUGCAGGAGCAGCCUCGGAAAGAUGCGGCUGACGGCGGCCUCGCCGCUUCGCCCCGGUCUUCGUCCUCCUCCUCCUCCUCCUCGUUCUCGUCGACCCUCACCCCGACGUCGGCCGGGUCGCAGGACCCCUCCCUGUCCUGCCCGGGGACGCCCAGCUCCCAGCACGGCAAGCUGGCGGCGAUGCAAGGCGGCGCCCCGUCUCCCGUGGCGACCCUGAAGAGGCCGACGGCGCUCAGCAGACACGCCAGCGCCGCAGGCUUCCCGCUGCAGUCGUGGGUUCUCACGAAGGGUCACGGCAAAGCGGCCUCGGCCCCGACGACCCCGUCGGACAGCCCCGAGAGCACGGCCAUCGAGGUGGAGGACAUCCCGGCGCUGCUGAGGGACGUGGCGCGCUUCGCCGAGGCCGUGGAGAAGCUGAAGGACGUCGUGUUGGCCGAAGGACAGAGGGAGAGUCAGCGGCCCGUGGCUCACGAGUGCCUGGGGGAGGUCCUGCGGGUGCUGCGUCAGGUCAUCAACACCUACCCGCUGCUCAACACCGUGGAGAUCCUCACCGCUGCCGGCAAGCUCAUAUCCAAGGUCAAAGGUUUCCACUACGAGGCCUGCAACGAGGCCGACAAGAAGGACUUUGAGAAGGCGAUAGAAACCAUCGCGGUGGCUUUCAGCAGCAAUGUGUCGGAGCUGCUGAUGGGGGAGGUGGACAGCAGCACGCUGCUCUCUCUGCUGCCCACCGAGAAGAGCAGGUCGAUGGAGAACUUGUACGCCUCGGCGGGAGCAGACGGGGGGGCGUUCAGGAGCGACCUGCAGGACAUGGGCCGAGCCGAGGAGGUGGACGUGAUCCUCCAGAACAGCGAGGGGGGGGUGGACUCCGCUCUGCUCUACGCCAAAACCAUCUCCAAGUACAUGAAGGACCUGAUGAGCUACGUGGAGAAGAGAACCUCGCUGGAGACCGAGUUUUCCAAAGGCCUCCAGAGAUUGUACCAGUCCUGCAAACACAGCAUAACUCAUCCCCACAUGCCGCUCUUCUCCAUCUACUCGCUGGCUCUGGAGCAGGACCAGGAGCAGAGCAUCGGGCUGCAGCAGGCCAACGCCACCCUGCACACCCAGACCUUCAUCCAGCCGCUGAUGCAACGCAAGCAGGAGCACGAGAAGAGACGGAAGGAGAUCAAGGAGCACUGGAUUCGAGCGAAGAGAAAACUGAUGGAGAGUGAGGUGAACCUGCGUAAGGCCAAGCAAGUCUUCAUGGUCCGCUGCGAGGAGCACGAGAAGGCCAAGACGGCAGCCUGCCGCGCCGAGGAGGAAGGAGGAGGAGCAACCGCCAAGUCCGUGGAGAAGAAGAAAAGACUGGAGGAGGAGGCUCGCAACAAGUCGGACGAGGCGGAGGCCACCUACCGGGUGUGCAUAGCGGACGCCACCACGCACCAGCAGGAGCUGGAGCACACCAAGGUCACGGUGCUGAGACAACUGCAGGACGUCAUCAAGCAGAGCGACCAGACCCUCCGCUCGGCGACCAUCUCGUACUACCAGCUGAUGCACAUGCAGACGGUGGCCCUGCCGGUCCACUACCAGACGCUGUGUGAGAGCAGCAAGCUGUACGACCCGGGCCAGCAGUACGCGGCCCACGUGAGGGACCUGCAGCUGCCGGAGCAGCCCACCGCUCACUACGCCUUCGAGAGCUACUCGUCCUCCAGCUCGUCGUCCCAGGGCCACAGAAUGAGGAACGACAGCUUCAACGCGGAGCAGACAAGCCACGCCGACGCCGCCUCCUCCGCAGACAACCGGGACGCCGAGGCUCAACGCAAGAGGCAGGGCCACAAGUCGUGGGUCUCCACGGCGAGCGACGACAGCGUGGGCGGCGAAGGAGGCCUCGAGUCUCCCACCGCCAGCACAAGUGACAUCAGAAAAAUUGUUCGCACGUCCUCCACUGGAACGAUGUCGUCCAAUGAGGACGCGGACGAGAAAGACGGCAAUGUGGCGUCAUUCGAAGCUCCGAACCUGAACGGCAUGGACCCCGACGUGGUGGUGUCCACGCGACCUUUCCGCAACCUCGGCCUGUCCAAAGCGGCGCAGACGCACCGGCUGAGGAAGCUGCGGACUCCUUCCAAGUGCCGCGAGUGCGACAGCUACGUCUACUUCCAGGGGGCCGAGUGCGAGGAGUGUUUCCUGGCGUGUCACAAGCGCUGCCUGGAGACGCUGGCCAUCCAAUGCGGCCACAAGAAGCUGCAGGGCCGCCUGCAGCUGUUCGGCAGGGACUUCUCGCAGGUGGCCGGCUGCGCCAGCGACGGAAUCCCCUUCAUCGUCACCAAGUGCAUCUCCGAGAUCGAGAGGCGGGCGCUCAAGAUGAAGGGCAUCUACCGGGUGAACGGGGUGAAGACGCGCGUGGAGAAGCUGUGUCAGGCCUUUGAGAACGGCAAGGAGCUGGUGGAGCUGUCCCAGUGCUCCCCGCACGACAUCAGCAACGUCCUCAAGCUUUACCUCAGACAGCUGCCAGAGCCCAUCAUGCUGUUCCGCCUGUACAACCAUCUGAUGGGUUUGGCGAAGGAGAGUCUGCAGGGCGACGCGGAGGCCCCCCAGGGAGAGGAGGCCGAGUCCCGCAGCGUCAGCCCCCCGGCGGGGUGCAAGGGGCCCGAGCUGGUGGAUCUGGGCCCCGACACGGACCCGGAGGUCCUGGUCCUGGUGGACAAGCUGAAGGAGCUCCUGAAGGAGCUGCCGAAGGCCAACCUGGCGACUCUGCGUUACCUGAUCCGCCACCUGCGGAGGAUUGCGGAGCUGGAGGGAGACAACAAGAUGAGUCCCAGUAACUUGGGCAUCGUGUUUGGCCCCUCCCUGAUGCGUCCCCGUCCAACCGGGGCCACGAUAUCGCUGUCCUCCCUGGUGGAUUACCCCCACCAGGCCCGCAUCGUGGAGUCCCUCAUCGUCUUCUACUCGUCCAUCUUCCAGUCCAAAGCCCCCCAGUCCCACCGAACCAGCCGCUCGGCUUCCACGCAGCAGGCUGGUAAUGCAGAUGACAAGAUUGGGGGCUCUGCUGAUGCAGAGGAGGAUGGAGGCAGCGAGGAGCCAAAUAAAUCAGAAUGUGACAAGAUGGACGAGGGAUGUGGAAGCUCUCGUGGCUCCAGCGAGCAGCUCUCGGACUCGGAGCUGGAGGACAGCGGGCGGAGGGGCCCGGUGAGGCAGGACAGCGUGGACGAGGACCAGCUGAGUCCCAGGGACAGCCUGGACCUGUCCAGCGAGUCCGCCGCCGCACGGACUGAGGCGGACGCAGAUCGGGGGGGGCCUGACCCGGCGGAGCCCCCCGCGCUGCCGGACAGCGGCCCGCCGGACGAGGACAGAGCGGCGGAGCGCGAGCUGAGCGCCUCGCUGGCCGAGCUCAACGUCAACAACAACAACAACAACAACAAGCACCUGUUCUCCCCCGGGGUCCCGCUGUGUAGAAAGACGCUGCCUCUGACCAGAAAGCGGGACAGUGAGCCCGAGUUUGUCUGAUUUGUCAUUGUGAGUCGAUCUGGUUUUAAUUAUUAAAAUCCAGCUGAUGUGUUGAUCUAGAUUUAAUAUUCUGAAUGCAGUUUCCAGCUGUUGAUUUAUCCUGGCACGCUUACUGCUGUUUUGAUGCAAUUACUCAUUUGAUGAGGUUUUAAAUACCUACUUCUGCAAAUACGUUUUUUUUAAAUGUUUUACUCGUUGCUCUUGCAAGCUUAAGGAAAAGUGGUCGGUCGCAUUUUAAUGUGCAGUUCAGAAGCAAAUCACUUCUGGUUUUAUUUUAGCACUAAGUUUUAAAAUAAAUUUAGUAUUGUCUUAUAAAUGUUGCCUGUAUUGCCUUGUUCUGGAUAUUUGGUAUAUAAUUAAAAAUAUUUUAACGGUCCAUCUUA